AUGGUCAGAAACAUCGUCAUCAUCGGGGGAACCUCCCACCCACAGCUAACUCGCACUAUCUGCAACCACCUGGGUGUGCCCGAAGCUAAUGUCCUUCUUUCGAAAUUUGCUGUCGGCGAGACUCGCGUCGAAAUCCAAGAGUCUGUCCGAGAAAAAGAUGUCUACAUCAUCCAAUCUGGCGGGGGAAAGGUUAAUGACCAUCUCAUUGAGCUUCUGAUCACAAUUUCCGCUUGCAAAACUGCAUCAGCCAAGAGGGUAACGGCUGUUCUCCCGUUGUUCCCGUACUCUCGUCAAAGUGAUAUACCAUACAACAAAACCGGAGCUCCGCUGGUCAAGUCAUCCACUCAAAACAACUUCACCUUCGAUAGCACGCCUACGACACCACACCCGAACAAGCCGGAAAGCCCAAGCGUUGGAAACGCUGUCGACAACCUACAGAAGAGCCUCGCAAAGGCUCAGAUAGAAUCUGAUGUCAACGGGUCGCCUGUCAAGCGCCGUCCCAUUGCCAAUGGAAAGCGGAGUGAUACCCUCGAUUCAAUUCGGUCAGAUGUUAGCCUACCGAAUGGCGCAUCUAACGAUGACAACGCGAGCACCUCGGGCUCUUCGAACAAGGCCCUAACCUUUGAACCCCGUCCUGGAUAUCGACAGUGGGUUGCUCAGGCUGGGACUCUCGUUGCAGACCUCCUCACCAGUGCUGGGGCCGAUCAUAUCAUCACCAUGGAUUUACAUGAUCCUCAGUACCAAGGCUUCUUCGACAUCCCGGUAGACAACCUCUACGGACGACCAUUGCUCAAGAGAUAUAUCCAGCGCCACAUCCCCGAUUUCAAGAAUUCUAUCAUCGUUAGCCCUGAUGCUGGCGGUGCUAAGAGAGCCACAGCUAUUGCGGACUCGAUGGGUGUUGAAUUCGCAUUGAUCCACAAGGAACGACGCCCGACGAAAAUCGCUGAUAGACAAAACGCCACAAUGAUGCUUGUCGGAGAUGUGCGCAAUCGUACCGCCAUUCUCAUUGACGACUUGGCCGAUACUUCAAACACCAUCACUCGAGCUGCGAAAUUGCUCAAAAAGGAAGGUGCCGCAAAAGUAUAUGCGCUAGUUACUCACGGUAUUCUAAGUGGCGAUGCUAUUGACCGCAUCAACGCAAGCGCUUUGGAUAAAGUCGUUGUCACCAACACGGUGGAGCAAGAUGACCACUGUCGGCGUUGCCCUAAGCUUGAAGUUCUCGAAGUCGGCAACGUGUUCGCAGAGGCCAUACGACGUGUCCACCACGGUGAAAGCAUUAGCGUACUGUUUCAAUAUGACUAA